AUGAUCUUGAAUCUUUCUGAGCAUUCUGAGGAAUCUUGGUCUGAAGAAAGUGAGACGGUUGAGUUGGAUCAAGAAAACAUUAGUUCUCCUACUUCAAGCUAUUUCCCUAACCAUUAUUUGCAAGAAGAAAAGUGGGCAAAACACUAUAGUAGCUGCCACGAGAUUCUGCUAGUGGGAGAAGGAGACUUCUCCUUCUCUGCCAGCUUAGCUGCAGCCUUUGGCUCUGCUGCUAACAUGACUGCCACAUCUCUCGACUCCGAGGAGUUUCUGAAAUCAAAUUAUUGCUUAGCUACUGUCCACCUUAAAGAGUUGAAAAGAAGGGGCUGCAAGGUGAUUCAUGGUGUAGAUGCUACUUCCAUGGCAAACCAUCCCUACCUGAUUGGCUCCACAUUCGACCGUAUAAUCUUCAACUUUCCACAUUCUGGGAUUUUCAAGAGCCAAGGGCACCGCCGCAUAUCUCAGAUUCGUCAUCAAGCGCUUGUGCGGGAGUUUCUGGGAAAUGCCAAGCAACUGUUAGGCGAAAACGGCGAAAUCCACAUCACUCACAAGUCAAAUGGAUUCCAUCUGCAAUGGAAUAUAGUUUCGCUUGCAAUCGAGCAGGGGCUUGAGCUUGCAGAUUCUGUUGAUUUUGAUGUGAGUGACUAUCCAGGUUAUAGCAACAAGUAUGGAUUUGGAGGUGACAGGACCUUUGAUUUCCUUCCUAGUAAGUCUUACAUGUUCAGACAUCCUGGUACACUGCAUAUACCCUGGGAUUGCUGAUUAUCCAAAGCCAUCCUGCAAAUCUGCAAUUGAGAACAUGUAAGAAAAUUGUUUAAA